UGACGUCACGACUUCACACACGAAUCGGAAGUUACAGCCGCGGAGCAGAGAAGACGCGCGCGCACGCCGUCAAUCACGCUUGUAAAGACAUCAAACUUGUGACAGUUUGCCCUCCGCCAACAAAUGGCUUAUCCAGGUUACGGCGCGCCUCAAUACGGGGGUCCGAUGCAAGGAAUGCCCGCGCAGGGGAUGCCCAUGCAGGGAAUGCCCGGGGGUCCAAUGGGAGGCCCCAUGCCGGGCCACAUGGGCGGGCCGAUGGGAGGCGCACAGCCACAGGGAGGAUACCCCGCCUAUGGGGGGGGCUAUCCAGGCACAUACGGAGCCCCUCCCCCAGCCGCCAAUGACCCAAUGUGGAGUUACUUCACUGCCAUAGCAGGCCAGGACGGGGAGAUCGACGCAGAGGAGCUCCAGAGGUGUCUGACCCAGUCUGGUUUCACCGGCGGUUACUCUCCGUUCAGCCUGGAGACGUGCAGGAUCAUGAUCGCCAUGCUCGACAGGGACUUCACGGGGAAGAUGGGCUUCACCGAGUUCAAGGAGCUCUUCACAGCGCUUAACGGCUGGAAGCAGAACUUCAUGAUGUUCGACCAGGACCGCAGCGGGACGGUGGAGCCUCACGAGAUGACUCAGGCCAUCAACGCCAUGGGCUACCGCGUCAGCCCUCAGGCCCUGAAUGCAAUCAUCAAGCGCUACAACAAAGGAGGGCGGAUCUUCUUUGACGACUACGUGGCGUGCUGCGUCAAGCUGCGAGCUCUCACAGAGAACUUCAGACGGAGAGACGCCAUGCACCAGGGAUCUGUCACCUUCCAGUACGACGACUUCAUCCUGUGCACGAUGGCCAUCUAGUGUCUGCCACGUGUUGGCAACCAUCACCGGCCAAUUCAGGGCCGCCGCCUCACAGAAAGCCAGUAUGUUUGACUGAGCGGCACCAGGAAAGUACCCAUUGCUUGUAACGCUUUAGUCUUGUUUGUCGCACGAAAGAUAUAUAUAUAUAUUACUUGGGAUUAAAUACACAUUUUUUUAUAAAGCCCACAUGUGUAGGAUUAGAAAAUUAAAGAUGUCAAAUAAUGUGGUAAACAUUUAAAGAGUUGGUUUGAGAGAAAAGGGAAUCAACUGGUUUAUAUAUCCUGGUUUGAAUAUUAUGCAUUGGGUCUCAUUUUUGGUGAAGCGCUGCUGUGAGACCGACUGUGCCGUUAUAAUCUCUGAAUGUACGGUCUAAUAUAUUAAAACCCGGUAGUAGAACUUUAGUUCCUUUUACACUGAACUUCGUACUGUUACGACUUUAGUCAAAGCUAAUGUUGUAUUUCUUUUAUGCCAUAAACGCUUAACAAGCCAAAGUGACUGAGCCGAUACACAUGUUAACAUGGCUGGCAUUUUGUUUCAGUAAACACAGCCAUGAUUUGUUUGUAGUGAAGAUCACAUUUUGUUACUCACAAUAAACACUUUUUAAUCAG